CAAUAUAACAACAUGCGCACACGUGUUACGUUUAACAUUGCGCACACGUUUCAUGUGUUGUGCGUGUUGUCUAAUUACAAAGAACACCGAAAAUAAUGGCACAAAGAAACGUGCCUGUAUUUUUGGGUUAUGAGGAUGAAAUCAUCAAUGAAAAAUAUAAAGAUAGCGUUAAUUUCACCAUCAAUAAAAUCGGUGGAACCCCCGAUUUUCCAUCGAAUAUAACGGUAUCAACCCCGUUUUGUGGACUUUGCAAACUUCCCCAACCUUUAAUAAUACAGAUUUAUGCCCCCUUAGAAAAUGACACGAAUCAUCGGACGCUUUAUGUGUUCGCGUGCAUAAAUCCAUCGUGUUGGAAUCAAAACGAAAGUUGGUGUUGUUUGAGGGCGCAAACAACGGAAGGAAAAAACGCUGAGACUUUUACAAAGCAAUUAAAUCCCGUUUCGGAUUGGUGUCAAGAUGCUGAUAAUUGGGACGACGAAUGUAACGCUAAUUUAGGCGAAGAAAACGGAAAUUUAAUAGGGGCAAAAGCAUCUGAUGAAGAUGAGGACGAAAGUUUUAGUUAUGAAGAUGAUCAUUUAGGAUUCGGUGGAUUAACUAUUGAUGAUCGAAAUGCUAAUUUUGGAUUAUCAGAAGCGCAAGGAGGUGCUGUUGGUAAACUAAAUUCCCCAACAGCAACUGCAGAAAUAGAAGGAAACGAAGGUGAAGUAAUCAGCGUCGAUACUCCAACACAACCAAAAAACGAUUUAUUACUUCUCUUGCAAGAACAUGAACCUCUACCAAAAGAAUUACAACAAAAAUCGACUUUAAUACAAUUUCAACCAUACUUUAUGAGCGUUUAUGAAGAAAAUAAAACAUCAAAUGGUUCUGAUCACCACAUUCGCGAACUUUUACAAGAAUAUCAAAGACACAAUGAUGUAGCCGAUUUAAACUUUAUAAGCGAAGAACCAUCAAGAACCAAUUCGGAGGAUAACGCAACGAUUGAGAAGUACGAAGAAGAUGAUCCGAUUCACGGUGACAAAAUGUUUCAUUAUUUUUCGAACAAAGUUCAAGAAAAUCCCGGCCAAUUAUUAAGAUAUUCCAGAGAAAGUUUAAAACCGCUACUUUUGUGUCAACUACAAGAUAUUCCGAGAAGCUGCUCGCAUUGCCAGGGCGAAUUAGUUUUCGAAUUUCAAAUUUUGCCAACGCUUAUACCAAAAUUGCAUUUAAUUACGGAUGUUGCCGGGUUUGCUACUCGAUUGGAAUUUGGCAACGUGCUCGUUUUUACUUGCAAAAGGAGCUGUUGGGGAAAUGAUGGGAUACGAGUUGAGAAUGUAGUCGUACAACGAGAAAUAUUUUAAAUUAAUUUGAUUUAAUAGAAAUUAAUCAAUAUUCACCAUCCUUUAAAUGUAAUAGAGUAAGAAGAAGCACUUUUUUAUUGUUAUUUAAUUUUAUUAAUUAUAUUUAAGUAGAUAUUUAAUAAAAUAAAAAUUAAACUCAU